AUGGCCUCAACGGCGCACUCGAAAGCGUCGCGCUCGCCGCCCGACGACGUUCUGACACCUCCGAAUUCGGCACAACUAUCUCACGCAGUCCCCGCGGACGCCAUGGCAUCUGAAUUGCCGAUAUUGCCACAGCAGCCUCAUUUUCAGACCCGCUCACCAACCGCCGUGCGUCGGCUGUCACCACCGCCACGUAACAAGCAGAAUGAGAUCUGCUGCACUCACGCCGAGUGCCAGGGCAAGAAUGUUACCUUCCGUCGGCUUUGUGAAUGGAACAAGCACAUGGAUAGACAUGAGCGGCCUUACAAAUGCGAGCACCCGAACUGCCAGAACGCCCUAGGCUUUACAUACUCAGGUGGUUUGAUGAGACACCAACGCGAAGUGCACGGCUUGCAUCAAACAACCAAGUCUCGCCUCUUUUGUCCAUUUCCUGACUGCGUCCGCAAUGCAUCAGGCGAAGGCUUCUCCCGCAAAGAGAAUCUUGAAGAACACAAGCGACGCCGUCAUCCCGAUUCAAAGCUUCCUGAGGCCGAGUCUGUCGAUCAUGGCCCCCAGCACAAAAAGCGGAAGCGAAUCAUCACCCCGCUGCCAAGUGACAACAGCGUUGAACCAGAGUCCACAGACGCUGAGUACAAUGACGAUUCGUCGAUUGUUGCUCCUGCUUUGCAACCUUUGGAUGACAGCCCCGUGGUCAAAAGACUUAAGCAAGAGCUGCAACGAACUCGGGAGGAGCUACACAGAAUGGCCAACGAGAACAACAUGCUACGAGCACAGGUAACACAAUACUACGACCUGGUGCAAACGUUUCAGCCCCAGAUCUACAACGUCCAUAACGGUGCUCAGCCUGCACAUGGUCUGAUGGCGCAGCCUAGUGGUUACACCGGUGUUACUAAUCUCGGAUAUCCCAAUCUGCACUCGGCUUACAAGAAAUAG